AUGGCGGUGGACAUCACCCUGCUGUUCCGGGCCAGCGUCAAGACCGUGAAGACCCGGAACAAGGCGCUGGGAGUGGCGGUGGGCGGCGGGGUCGACGGCAGCCGCGACGAGCUGUUCCGCCGCAGCCCCCGGCCCAAGGGCGACUUCUCCAGCCGCGCGCGCGAAGUGAUUUCACACAUUGGCAAACUGAGAGACUUUCUCCUGGAACACAGGAAGGACUAUAUCAACGCUCACAAUCACAUCUUGUCUGAAUAUGGGAGGAUGACAGACGCAGAGCGAGACCAGAUAGACCAGGAUGCGCAGACGUUCAUGAGGACCUGCUCAGAGGCCAUCCAGCAGCUGAGGAAUCAAGCCCACAAGGAGACUCACUCCCAGCAGGUGCGGGAGCACAGGAGCGCCGUGCUGGACUUCACGCAGGACUACCUGAAAAGAGUCUGCAAGCUGUACUCAGAGCAGAGAGCCAUCCGCGUGAAGCGAGUGGUGGACAAGAAGAGGCUAUCGAGGCUGGAGCCAGAGGCGACCGCAAAGACCAGAGAGCCCGGUUCUGAGGACACAUCCCUGGACCCUGCACCUGGCUCCGAGGAGAAGCCUGUCACUGAGGAGCAUGCAGAAAAGAUUCCAGCGGAAGCACAGCCCGAGCUGGGGAGCUGGGGGGACGGCAGAGGCGAGGAGGAGCUGUCUGCGGAGGAGAUCCAGAUGUUCGAACAGGAAAACCAGCGCCUCAUCGGCGAGAUGAACAGCCUGUUUGACGAAGUGAGGCAGAUCGAAGGGAAAGUGGUUGAAAUUUCCAGACUCCAGGAGAUCUUCACAGAGAAGGUUCUGCAGCAGGAAGCGGAGAUUGACAGCAUCCACCAGCUGGUGGUGGGGGCCACGGAGAACAUCAAGGAGGGCAACGAGGACAUCAGAGAGGCCAUCAAGAACAACGCGGGCUUCCGAGUGUGGGUGCUCUUCUUCCUGGUGAUGUGCUCCUUCUCCCUGCUCUUCCUCGACUGGUACGACAGCUAG